UAAAAAGUGUGGUGAGCAACAGAUAACAACUACAACCAUCAAUGGAGCUCACGACCUUCCACUCGUCCUGCAAUGGCCUCCGAUUUCGGAGCCCGUCGCUCCCUUUUCAAGCGGUGCCUUGGAAUUUCAUCGGCCUCGCCCAGUUCCCACACUCCUUAUCCACUUGCAAUAGACACAAACUUGUCUCUACAGCAACCUCACAGUCUCACAAUCCCUCCCCAAAGCCUCUCUCCACGACUUGCUCUGUGGCCAAUGAUAGCUCUCUCAAUUCAACGGCAAAGGAUGCUGUGGUUGAUCCCUUUCUUGCAGUGAAGGUGAGAUUUUUAAUCCAGAAGAAAGCAAUGGAUAUGUCCCCUGAACUGAAAGGAACUUCCAUAUUUCUUGUGGGGAUGAAAAACUCUAUGAAGACCAGUUUGGGGAAACUUCUAGCAGAUGCAUUACGGUAUUAUUACUUUGACAGUGAUGGUUUGGUUGAGGAAGCUGCCGGAGGUGAAUCUGCUGCCAAAUCUUUUAAGGAGACUGAUGAAAAGGGAUUUCGUGAGUCUGAGACUGAAGUAUUGAAGCAGUUAUCAUCAAUGGGUCGCCUGGUGGUUUGUGCCGGAGAUGGUGCGGUUCAGAGUUCUACCAAUCUGGCGUUUCUAAGACAUGGAAUCUCAAUAUGGAUUGAUAUACCCUUGGACAUGAUAGCAAGGGGGAUGAUCGAAGACCAGUCUGGACUUUCUGAUUCGGAAAUAUUCGCUUCUGAAGCUUACUCGAAGGUUUUGACCCAGUUAACUAAUCUUUAUAAAGAAAUGAGAGGUGGAUAUGCGAUAGCUGAUGCAACUAUUUCACUACAAAAUGUAGCUUGCCAAUUAGGUUGUGAUGAUCUUGAUGCAGUUACCACGGAAAACAUGACUUUAGAGGUUCUCAAGGAGAUAGAAAAACUGACAAGAGCUAAGAAGUUGAUGGAAGCAGCAGCAAGACCCUUUUAGCCAGCCAUGGAUUUGCUCAUCACUUGUACUGAUUGCAAACGCUUCACAGAAUUUUUGGGAUAUCUACCCUCGAGAGCUUCUCUGCCUGCCUUGGUGGGCAUUUCAAUUUUCACUUCUCUUUUCUAGUUGUUUUGAUUGAAUAACAUGCAAUAAUAAUCUGCAUAGAAAAACAAAGGCUCCGUCUAUUAAAAUUUUUAAAAUGUCUAAAAAAACAAAAACUGUUUAUACCUUUUAUGCGACGUUAAAACACUUUUUCAAAUAAAAAACAAAAAAUAGUACCCCAAAUGUAUCCAGUGAUACAUUUAUUUCUCUCCUUGUAAAGGCUGUCUGGCAUGCUAAAUAGGCAUUAUGUUGUCCAUUCUGAACCUAAUUUUCAACCCCUUUUGGUCUCCCUAGUCCCACAGCCAAGUUUAA